AUGUCCAUCGAAGUCGACUGGGCAACGGCCACCUCCGGCCCGGACGGGGAAGCGCUGGCGGAGCGCAUCCGCGCGUUCGUGCACGACAAGUUCCAGCAGGUAGCGCUGCCGCGCUUCAUCCGGUCUGUUCAGGUUCAUUCUUUUGAAUUCGGAACUAUUGCCCCGGACCUCGAAAUUAAAGAUUUCUGCGAGCCGUUUUCAGACUUUUACGAGGAGGACGACGAUGAUACUUCAGCGACUUCUGAGGAGCUCGUCGACGAGCAUGGCCGUCCGUGGCCCGGACGCCAUUCGGAGCUACACGAGUCACCCUAUGAGGAAGAAAUGCUAGGCCAUAGUCCAGGGAACUUCAGCCACCAUCCAUACCCCGGUGAGGGGUACCAGCCUUCUGCUCUACGCUCACCAUUGCCCCUUGGCGACCACCUGAACCCACAUUUCCUUCCUCGUGCUGGCACUCCUGGUAUACCCGGCGGAACCUCGACCCUUGGCUACCAUCUCAUGUCAUUGGGAGGUCUAUCAGGAACACAAACUCCUCUUGCGGCCGUAGCAGGCGGCACACCCUUUGCGAGUGGAUGGUCGGACGCAGGCAUGGCACAUGGCAACAGGGCACGACCGCAGCGCGCAUCUACCCAAUUACACCAACGUACCGACGCCGAUCUAGAUACCACCCAUUCCGCAUCACGACCCUCAACCGCAAAUACACACCCUUCCCACCCCUCAAUCGGACAGACCGGCAGCAGUGGAUCGAGAAAUAGCACAGAUCCUGCUGAUAUACCCCAACCCUCCAUAGAACCUGCCAUCAAUCCCUCUGCUCCACCUCCCCCACGUAUGCGCGAGCGCCGCCCGGAAGACUUCCAGAUUCUGUGCCACGCCAGGUACGCCGGUGAUGUUCGCAUGUCUCUGACUGCUGAAAUUCUGCUCGAUUAUCCGAUGCCCAGUUUCGUGGGUCUUCCUCUUAAACUCAAUGUCACCGGAAUCACGUUCGAUGGCGUCGCGGUUGUUGCGUAUAUUCGGAAGCGUGUCCAUUUCUGCUUCCUGUCACCUGAGGAUGCGGCGGCCCUGCUCGGUCCCGAGGGACAAGGAAGCCAGAAUCCUAGUGAGGAUGGCCGGCCCCGGUCUGGUGGAGACCAAAAACGACAGGGUGGAUUGUUGCAGGAGAUACGUGUGGAUAGUGAGAUUGGACGCAAGGAAGAUGGCAAGCAGGUCCUGAAGAAUGUGGGUAAGGUGGAGCGCUUUGUUCUCGCGCAAGUACGCCGUAUCUUCGAGGAGGAAUUAGUCUACCCCAGCUUCUGGACUUUCCUCAUAUAG